AUGCAGCUUAUUCAAUCCAAAGAUUCCGCCAUUAGAACCAAGUUGGUUUGUCGCGAUAGUUCAAGUUUUGUAAUAAAAACUCAUCAAAUUGCAACGAGUGAUGUUCUUCAGAAUGGUAGAAUAGCACAGUUAAGGAGUUCACGCAGUCGUGUGGAAGUGAAUUCUAUUUCCAAUAUUAAAAAUAACAAUGAAGAAAGCGAUUCUUCUACUAGUAAAAUACAAGCAAAAUCGCCAAUUUACAUAAUUACUGUGCAUCAAAGUUCCACUAGCCAAAGUGAGCAAGUUACUUAUGUGACGAAUGAAACACUGAUCAAAAUCGACAGUCUAAUUCCGAGUACAAACUAUCGUUUAAGUGUGACAGCAUUGUUAGAUAAUCAAUUCAGCACGGUGGAAAGUGAGUUCAGCACACUACCAUUCGACUACAGACCAGGAGCGAUCACCAGCAUCGAGGUCAUCAAAUAUCGCACCAAUCAGAAGAACCAAUCCCUGGUAGAUGGUGUGAUUUCUUGGAAACCAGCCGCCGAUAGGACAUGUCACUACGACAUUCUGCAUUACUCUAGUCACCUGUCCGAUGCUCAACUCAACUCGAUCGCCAUUCUUCAACCGGAAGACCUGUACCACUAUACCAUUAGUUCGCUGGAGUUGAACACGGAAUAUGAGAUGGCGAUUCGGGCGAAGAACACGCGGAUAUCGAGCUUAGAAAGUGAACUACUUUGGCACACCUUUCAUACGCCAAGCUGCAGUGAGUGGCACAAUAAUGCACAGUUUUGUGCUCCGGAGGUGGCGGAAAAUGUUCAGGUAAGCUCCACAUUCCUGAUCGGUAAAAACUACACCUUUAACAUCACUUGGAACAAGCCCCGUUACACACCAGAAUAUUACACAAUUCAGUUGUACGAUUUGAAUCCGACCGUGAACUAUGAGCUGGCCAAUUCUGUAUCCAGAAAUGUUAGUGGGAAUGUAACGACGGUCGUGAUUGAAUCCUUUCCGAUGAUUGGACCACAAUACGAAGUGCUUAUUGCGGUUCAUGCCAAUAAUCGAUCGGUUACGCAAAGUUUUAUCAAACUUCUUUACACCGGUCGUUAUCCUCCGAGUUAUUAUACUCCAGGACGAAUAACGGCAAUCAUUGUUACACCUAUCGUAACGAUUUUGGUGGCCAUUCUCCUUUACACACUCACAUACCUCAGAAUGGCGAAAGUGAAAAGGUUCGAGCAACGAAUCGAAUACGUCAAGGAAACACAAUCGAAAGAUCCGGCGGAUCCGGGAACCGAUGUGCGCGAGGUUCUACAAUCCGUUGCACCGAUCAAUGACGAGAUGGAAAUCAACUUCGAACAAAUUCAACUUCUCGAUGUUUUGGGAGAAGGUGCUUUCGGAUUGGUGCGGAAGGGUAUCCUGAUCCGGCCUAUAGGAACUCAAAACGACGUGGCCGUGAAGAUGUUGAAAGAGUUUCCCAGUUUAGAGGAGAUCAAAGAAUUUCGGCGGGAGAUCGAAGUGAUGAAAUCUGUAGGAACUCAUCCAAAUAUAGUGUGCAUUUUGGGCCACUACACGCAAAGCGUAGAGGACAUGAUGUUACUGACAGAAUACUGCAGCGAAGGGAACCUGUUGAAUUAUAUGCGCUGUGAAUGGGAUAAAUUAUUGAAAACGAAAAUCUUCAAAGAAGAAUGUCGUACACCAGCUCUGGAAACGCACAAAAAACCGGAAAACGUUUUCAAUUUUAAUACAUCAUUCGUGAAUGAGAAAAAAAUGUGCUUCGACAAAUCUAUUGUUACAGAGCAAUCAACCGGACCAAACUAUGAGAAUAGAUUGUAUCACAAACUAGAAGACGAAGAAAUGGCCAACUUAACUGGUCAUCAAAAUUAUAGUCGACAAUGUCGUAGAUCCACUUACUGCGAACAAAAUGACACACGACAGCAAAGUGUGGUUGAGAACCAAUGCUACUACCUCGAAAAACCGGAUAUUCCUACUAUUACCGGUGACCUGUUACUUGAUUUUGCUAGGCAGAUUGCUGUCGGAAUGGAGUUCCUUGCUCGUAAUAAAGUAGUUCACCGGGACCUAGCUGCCCGAAACGUUCUGGUGUGCGGUAAUCAAACAGUGAAAAUAUCCGAUUUUGGUCUCAGCAGAGACAUCUACCAGGAGAACCUGUACCGAAAAACUGGAAGUGGAAAGCUACCGGUUAAGUGGCUUGCUCUGGAGUCGCUAACCCACCAAGUCUACACUUCCCAAAGUGACGUUUGGUCUUUCGGUGUUUUGCUGUACGAAAUUUGCACCCUCGGCGCCAAUCCGUAUCCGUUGAUGGUACCGAACAAUCUGAUAGCGGAACUGAGAAGAGGCUACCGGAUGGAAAAACCUGCCAGUUGCAACGGAGAGCUGUACGACCUGAUGCUGUCCUGCUGGAGUGCUCUUCCCAUUGAUCGACCUUCGUUUUCAGUUAUUCAAAGCCGACUGGAAAAAUUGCUGGAAUUCGGUAACAACAUGGUUAUCGAUUUGGAUGCCGUUGUAGAUUUAUCAAACAUUUCGGUCCAGUUGUAA